GGUGAAGAAGAUGGGGGAGAAGAUGGGGCGUACAAAAGGGGAUCAACAUCUCUCACAAUUAAAGAUGUACAUGCAUCACAAAGGGAGAAGAAAACGAAGGCGGCUAUUUGUAGUAAUACAUGAUAAUAUACAUAUGAUGAGCUCGAGUCACAAAUGAUAGUUUGAUACUCCAUUAGUCCAAUUGCUUGAUGGGCCGUUCGAUAACUGCUACUAUCUUUGCGCGAUGGCCUGCCUGACUCUGCUAUGGGCCAGCAGGCUAGGGCUCCAUCAGUUGGGCUUCGAGCAUUGCUCGACUAUUUCUAGGGUUUCUCUUCUUUCGGAUCUGCCAGUUGAGGGUAUUUCGUCGCUGUGUCUAGGGUUUUGACUUCGUAUUUACUUUCCUUAAUUUGCCAUGUCUCUAGAUUGUUUGGAAACUAUGUACGUAAAUGAGAUGUGCUUGGAAGGGUUCAAAUCGUAUGCCGCAAGGACGGUGGUUCAAGGUUUGACUGCUAUUUCAAUGCGAAAACGGGCUGAACGGCUCCGGAAAAUCAGACAUUCUAGAUUCGAUUUGCUUCGUUUCGAGUAUAAUCAAUUUGCAGCAAGUUCAUGCUUCCAAUCUCCAGGAGCUCGUGUACAAGCAAGGGCAAGCAGGGAUUACUAAGGCAACAGUGUCAAUUGUAUUUGAUAACUCAAAUAGGAGCCGGAGUCCCCUUGGGUACGAGGAUCAUCCAGAGAUCACAGUAACAAGUCAGGUUAAAGAAUUUCCAGCUCAUACUGCUGCAGUUAAUGACCUUUCCUUCGAUAUGGAAGGAGAGUACGUUGGAAGCUGUUCAGAUGAUGGAUCUGUUAUUAUAAACAGUCUUUUUACAGAUGAGAAAUUGAAGUUUGACUGUCACCACCUGAUGAAGGCAAUUGCUCUGGACCCUGAUUACUCUAAAAAAUCAUCUAGAAGAUUUGUUGCUGGUGGUUUAGUUGGUCAUUUAUAUUUUAAUACAAAGAGGUGGCUAGGCUAUCGUGACCAGGUUUUGCACUCUGGUGAAGGUCCAAUACAUGCAGUAAAAUGGAGAAUUAGCCUUAUCGCUUGGGCUAAUGAUGCAAGUGUGAAAGUCUAUCAUGCUGCCAAUGAUCAGCGUAUGACAUUUAUUGAGAGACCUCGAGAAAGCCCUCUCCCUGAGCUUUUACUUCCUCACUUAGUUUGGCAGGAUGAUACUCUAUUAGUCAUUGGCCGGGGAACAUAUGUGAAAAUUGCAUCAAUAAAAGCAAAUCAGCUUAAAGGAACCAAUGGGACAUGUCGGCAUGUCCCAUUGUCCAGCAUGAACAAGGUGGAUAUUGUGGCAUCUUUUCAAACCAGCUAUUAUAUUUCAGGAAUUGCUCCCUUUGGUGAUUCUUUGGUCGUUCUAGCAUAUAUUCCUGUGGAAGAAGACGGAGACAAGGAAUUCAGUAGCAUGACGCCAUCACGACAGCAGGGGAAUGCACAGAGACCUGAAGUACGUAUUUUAACAUGGAACAAUGAUGAGCUCACAACUGAUGCCCUUCCUGUUCAUGGCUUCGAGCAUUACAAGGUAGCAGCUAUGCUGGUGGUCAAUGGGCAGCUGGUGAUGAACUGUCAUACUAUAUUGUUUCUCCAAAAGAUGUAGUCAUUGUGAAGCCCAGGAUGAUUUAGUUCAAGUUAGACACACUGCAAACUUGAACCCAUGAUUGCAAAUUUUGUUAAAGUUUUGUGCAGUCAAGAGAUUUACAGAUACGAAGGUCGAUCGAAGUUGAGAAGAAGUCCAUGCCCUUAUGACAAGUGCAGUGGGGAAGUACCUCGCGGUUUGCAUUGGUAUGCUGAGUUCCCCUGGUAAUAUAGUAUCUAGCCAACACAAGUCUCGGAAGAGUAUCAUUACUAUGUGCCAUGUUCCGGAAGUUCUGCUGGAUACAGAUAAGGUCUGCUAACUCAUCAGCCAUUAUCUGAGAGAAGAUCUCAAAUUUUAUAUAACUGGGAAUACAUGGAGGGAUUUCCACAUAUUGCUCAGUAGCAGUUUGCAGGAAGGCCUUGGCUUCUGUCGUUACUUCCUGACUUUCUUCCACCCUUUGUCGGAGUUGUUCAUUUUCCAGAGUCAACCGACUUAUUUUAUCUUCUGCCUGGUGGAGCUGUUGUAAUAAUUGGGUGUUAUUCUGUACAGGUCUUAGGGAGAGCUUUUCUUCAAGAGCAGCAGCCAUCCCUUGAUAUUGCUCAACUUGUUGCAUGGUAGAGGAACAGUGAGCAAAAUAAGAUGCGAGGUUUUGGAGGGUAACAGCUUUUACUUUGUUGUCCCUCUCAGUCCACAAGUGGUCAAGAAACCACCGUUGUUCAGUAGUCACCGGGAAUUGGUGCUUGAAUAUCAUGAAAGCAGAGGCUGGCAGCUGUGCAGGAGUAUAUGAGGGUGAGCCAGGACUCUGUCUUCUUGGGGCUUUGCCUCAUCCAUUUGAUGAUGAAGCUUCAUAUAAUAUAUAUGGGUAAUCCAAUAUAGAGAUAAUGUAUUAGUUCAUUUUUUAUUUUGAUUUUUCCCCGAUUCCUGUAAUAUUCUGGAAAGGUAAUCAGCUGCCGUAUUGUCUGAUCCUUUUAUAUGUUCAAAGAUUACUUUAUAAUUUUGAUUUAAUUGUAUCUAUUUAUUAUUUAAUUUAUUUAAGUUUUCUUCUAA